AUGACAAAGAAUUUUCUUGAUGAAAAAUCUUGGUGUCGUGAAGAGGGUGGGGGUAAGGUAAAAACAAAGACAGAGAUGAAUGAUGAUGAUCAAUCACAGAUCAUAAUGAAUGAUCGUUUCAUUCAUUGUACGAAAAUGAGAUUCGAUGAAUUAGCAGAUACAUCCAAUGGAGUAAAGGCUGCCGAAGCCGCUUUCCGUGAAAAGGUUCUUGCUCGUCAAGUACCAUGGAAUGCUUUCUUCAACUCUAAUGGCAUGUCUGAACAAGAGUGUGAUCUCAUUACAAAGUACGAUAAGAAGCCAGAAGCUGAAAAGCGUGAAAAGUUCUUGGCCAAUGGUGAAAAACUUACUCAUUUCUUUGUCAACUUUAUUCAUAUGAAUGCCAACUAUGAAAUCAUUCAAUAUUUACUUACUUUGAUUAAUGAAAUCAUUCAUAUCGAACCAAAAUCACUUCAAUUCUUUGCCAAGUUGAAAAAGGAUGAUGAUCCAUCAUACCCAUACUCUACAUUCUUUAGACUUUUGUCACGUGAAGACAACAACGCCUAUAUUAACCUCCUCACUGGUGUCAUUCUUGGUAACAUUAUGAGUGCAGGAACUCCACAACAAAAGGAUAUCGAAUAUUUGUUCAACUGGAUUCUCCCAUUGCUCCGUAAGAACAAUGCUCCAGAAGUUGAAGUUGGUCUCAUUGCUCUUCAACCACUCCUCACCAGAGAAGAACACAGAGUUAUUUUCCAUAACUUGCAAGGUCAAGAUUUGUUAAUUAAUAUUUUGGCUCAACAAGUUGCUGCUCCAACUCCAAACCUUACACUUCUUUAUGAAACUCUCUAUGUAUUAUGGUUAUUCUCUUACAAUUCAUCUGUUGCCACCUCUCUUUCCGGUAAGGGUGUUGUUGGUAAAUUGGUUACUAUUAUCAAACAAAUCCAAAAGGAUAAGAUUGUUAGAUUAUCAAUUGCUACAUUAAAGAAUUUGAUGGGCAAGGGUAACAAUAAUGAAGAAAUGAUUGAAUGUGGAUUCAUUCGUAUGUUAAACUUUUUAAGCAACAAGAAAUGGGGUGAUGAAGAUAUUGUCACUGAUUUGACUGAUUUAUCAACUGGUCUCUCUGAAGAUAUUGCAAUCAUGAGUUCAUUUGAUAAAUAUAAAGCUGAAGUAUUAUCAAAUGAAUUGGAAUGGACACCAGUUCACAAGUCUGAACAAUUCUGGAAGGACAAUGCCUCUAAAUUUGAAGAGAAUAACUUUAAUGUUCUCAAAUUCCUCCACCUCAUUCUCCAAAAGUCCUCCAACCCACUUCACCUCUCUGUUGCCUGUCACGAUCUUGGUGAAUUUGUAAUCCAUCACCCACGUGGUAAGCACAUUGUCGAACAACUCCAAAUCAAGCCAGACAUUAUGUCAUUGAUGGCCAACACCAACGAAGAAGUCAAGAAACAUGCUCUCUUUGCUCUCCAAAAGAUGAUGAUCAACAAUUGGGAAUAUUUAUCUGCUAAAUAA